AUGGCCAAGUCGGCCACCCAACACCAGCAACACCAGCAACACCGCGAGCCCAUCAAGAAACUCGCCCCGAUUCCCCAAGGUUGCAAAAUCCAGAAGCGUCCCCUAAUGAGGCCCCAGCUCUCUGCAUCCUCCAAGUCCCCCACGAUCUACGUGUCCUCCCACACGCCCUUCGUGUCCGCCGUCAAGCGAGUCCGCAAACUGCUCGCCAAGUCGCUGCGCACCGCGGGGCCUGCGCCCAAGAACGCCUCGCUUCAAUCGCGCGUCGAGUCGCUCAAGCAAAACACCGCCUCGGCGAGCGACAGGCCGCCCGCGCUGGUUGUCACCGUCGCGGGCACCGGCAAGGCGAUUGAGAAGACGCUCAGCCUGGCCAGCUGGUUCGAGCAGGAGGGCGACUGCAACGUCUGCCUGAGGACAAGGACGGUGGGAGCUGUGGACGACAUUGUCCCCCGGGAAGCGGGCGAGGGCGAGGGCGAGGCGGAUGAGAGUAGGGUGCGCAAAGUGAGCUGCUUGGAGGUGCUGGUUUCUCUAAAGUGA